UUUUUUGGGACAGCGCAAGUGGCACGCACGCCGAGCUUGACGCUGUUGUUGGUUGAAGCAUGCCGUCGGCCGCUGCCAAGAUCGAGAAACCGGCCUCGCUGGAGGGCCAGGACUCCCUCAAGAGCAUCGUGACCAUUUUCGAGAAGAAGACCAGGAACCUCGAAAAGCGCAAGGGGAAGUUGGAACAGCUGAGGAAGGAGCUGGAACAAGGCAAGGAACUCAACGAGGACCAAAAGGCAGCGGUUGGAAAAUAUGAACAGGUGCAGGAGACUCUGGAGUUGACAAAGGAGCUGCAGAAAAGUGUCACCGCGGUCGUCCAAGAGCACCUGCGGCAGCUGAAACGCCAGGCGCGUCGCGAGCAGCUGGAGCGUCAGGCGCGGGAAGUUCAGCGGGUGCGCGAGCUGCUGGAGGUCCAGGAUGUGCUGAUGGCCCUGGGUUCGCCCGAGGUGCGGCAGUGCUUUCUGGAUGGUGAGGAGGGUGCCCCGCGACUGUCUUCGGAGACCUUUGACCAGUUGGACCAGCUGUACAAGCUGGUGUGCCCCGACCGGGACGAUUGUGAGCCGGGCACCUUCCCCGGCCAUCUGCUGCAGGCAGCGGAACACCUGGUGGCCCUUCUGGACGCACGACCGAAGCCUGUGCUCAGCACGACAUACAAGGCAAUGCGGGAUGUGCUGCUGGAGGUGCAACAGAGCGCGUACUUCUCGGGGACGUCCGGAGAAGAGCCAACGCCUGCUGCACCUGCUUCCGAAGACGACGCCACUGCCACAGAGGAGGAAGAGCAGCAGCCGCAGCCGGAGGCUGUCGCAGGGUCCGAGUCUCCGGUCAGCGAGGUGCCCGAAUCCUUGGUAGAGCCACCACAGCAGCAGCAACCACCACUUCCACAGCCGGUAGCAACAGUGCCGAGCCCCCUGCGGGAGACCGAGACGACCCCCAUGCCGGUGGCACCCGUUGUACAAGCGACCACGGCCCCAUCUCCGCUGCUGCCCGGUGACGCAGUCUCCGAAUCUGCCGCGGUAGCGGAGGCUCCAUCCCUGGUCCCAGGCCGACUCGACUUCUUCCAAGAGUCUCAGAUCGACCUCGAGUCGCCGCACAUGGAUCCGGCUGUCGUGGCGGCCCUCCCCUCGGUGCCUGCCAUGGCUCUUCCACCUGCCGCCAUCGUCCAGCCCGCUGGCUUCGUGCUGGCCGCCGGGCCCCCGCCCCAUCCCGUGGCGGCUGUGCCUCCUCCCCCCCACCACGGCGCUCCUCACCAGCCGCUAAUGAGCCACCCCCUCCCACCUCAUCCACAGCCUGUGGUACAGCCAGUGCAACAACCUGUUGUCCAGCAACAACCGCCGCAUCCCCAGCCACACCCGCCACAGCCACACCAACCGCCGCACCAACCACAGCUGCCCCCGCUGACUAUAGGACUAUUCUGAACACAUGCCGAUCCCCACUGUGACAUUCACCAACCAGAGCCUCCGCAAUGCCCACGGCUGAUGACCGGAGACCCCGGAGAGGCGGCCAGGGUGGGCCUCCCAGGAGGGGUGGCUACACAAAUGGCAAAGGUCCGCAAUGGCAGCCCAACGGCAGUGGCCAUGAUCGACCAGAAGGCUACCGGGGACCCCCAAGGCAGUCGGGGUCUGGACCUCGGGGAGGACAACACCAGGGACGUGGCCGCCCCACAGGGAACCGGGGACCCCCUCGCAACACCGGCGUUCCAGCUGCCGCCUACGCCCAGUAACGGCUGUUGCCGUUGAGAUGCUUCUUCGCCCAGUCGCCCCAGGAGGGCACUGCUACCAAUGCAACCAUCUAAUGACUCUGCCGCCUGUCUGGGAGCUGUUGCCUCUGCUGCCCCUGUUCCUAUCAGCCUUGAUUUUUCUGUUAAUGUUAUAGCCCUCCCUGUACUCCCAGACUCUCUCUCUCUGCAAGUUUUUCAUUUUUUAUCCUUUCUUUGUGUGUGUCGUGCCUGUACCAGUCUGCCAGGGGCAGUGGAAGGCCUUCCUCCCACCCUUCUUCGAGACGGGCGAGGGAGGUGCUGUAUUAAAGAAGGUCAUCUCUCAGGCGUGCGUGCCAGGACCAACAACAACCCUCGCCCUCUCUCAUUCUGCAGAGAGUUUCGUGCAUACACACAUUGUUUGUUCCCCUCUCCACUCUUUUUUUUUUCCUCUUCCUGUUUCUAUGCGGAAGUGGAUGCCAGCAAUUGUUGCGCGUAAGGCUGUUUGCGUGUGUGGAAUGCGUGCGAAAGCAUGCCGAGGCAAAUAAAGAGAGCUGAGGUGGAUCGUCUAGUUUAAAAAAAAAAAA